UGCCUCUGGACGUUUCCUGGACAUCACUGCUCGUAUGGUGCUUAGUGUGGGUCAGCGAUAUGGGACUCUAUCCCGCAAGGGCAAGACCUCCUAUCGUUUUGACAACGACUCUAGCAGACAAUAUACAUAACAUCUAAUAGGAGCUGGAAGAAUUAAAAAGAUCAACGAGCCAGGAGUGGCGUACCGCGUUUUGUAAAGUUAAAGUCAUCGCGUCUAUGGCCGUGUUUCCACUUGCGAAAAAACUUCUGCAAUAAGUGUCUGACAGACUGUCAGACACCAACUAGCCAAUGUAAACAGUACUGCAAGUGAGAUCGCGAGUCGCGAGAGCCGAUUACUUGCAGGUCUAAACACAUUCACAUCGACUCGCCGCAACUUCUCGCACAAUAGGACUUGUUCCGAAUAUCUCGCGCUCGCAAUGACACUUUCAUGUUUUGUCCUCGAGUAAUUUUACAUUUCUUUCUGUUACUGUGUAAUAUAAGAGCUGAAAUAAGUUACUAAUGACUCUCGUGAGGUUGAUGCAACUUUAAUAUGAGAGGAAGAGAACCCGAAGAAGUCUUGCGGAAGAUACUUGCAAUGCCGUUUACACUAGCAAGCAACUUCCCGCAAUAAGUAUCGCCAGAAAUGUGUCGCGCGAGAGACUGUCAGAGAAUACUGUCGCAACUUCUUGCGGGACUGUAUAGACAGGGUAUUUUGACCUGUUCCGAGAUUUCUCGCCAGUUUAGUUUCAAACACCAUGCCGCGCAGACGUGAACGUGUAGCAGCAGCAAUAAUGCUAUUAUUAAAUAAAAAGAAGAAAAGAUCUGUUUGGGUGCGACAAUGGAUUUCGAGACGACCUGAAUUCGGUUGCUUCCAUAAUUUACUAAGGGAACUUCAAAUAAAAGACGGACAGCAAUAUUUUAAUUUACUUCGCAUGACUGCUGUGGAGGUGGAAGUUUUGUUACAAAAAGUGGGUCACAUAAUUCAAAAAGAAGACACCCGGAUGCGAGAUUCAAUAUCUCCGAAGGAAAGACUGAUCUUAACGUUAAGAUUUUUAGCAUCUGGUCCCAUCUACUCAAUCGGAAUGGAUGCAUAUUGCGAAAAUGUAUGAAGAAAAAUGGAAUUUUCCUCAUUGCCUUGGUUCGCUAGACGGGAAAUAUAUUGUAUUUAAGGCACCGGCUAAUAGUGGGAGUUAUUACUUCAAUUAUAAAGGAUCCAAUAGCAUCGUGCUAAUGAUAGUGGCAGACCCAUGUUACAAAAUUACGUACAUGAAUGUUGGAUGCAAUGGCAGAAUUUCUGAUGGAGGUGUUUUUUUACAAAGCUCACUAUUCCCAGCUUUGGAAAAUAACAGUUUAGACCUUCCACCAUAUUCACCUUUACCGGGGAGGUCCAUGCCAGUUCCAUAUGUGUUUGUAGCCGAUGAUGCAUUUGCAAUAAAACCGUAUUUAAUGAA